UUUUAUUUUGACAUCCCCUCAGAGUCCAAGACCGGAAGUCAUUGGCGAUAGCGAAAGCUUCACGUUACUUGCAGGAACACUAAAGAAAGGAGGAAAAGCGGUUAGCGGGACUCACACACCGAUUAUAUUGAGAAACGCUGUCAUAUAAUCUACAGACGCUGGUAUCUCACAAAUCAUCUCCCCUGUGAAGCCUGUGGCGAAGUUCAUCGUGGAAUGUGCUGGCAGCAGUGACUGGCUCAUUGGCAGCGGUGCCAACAGCUGUCAUCCCAUGAGCUGUCUUCUGGCCUGAGCUGUGUGCUUUGGGCUCCGGCCUGGUUCAUCUGGAUCUCUGUGCCUCGGGCGCCGCAGUCAUGGAUCACCCCAGAGAGAAGGAGGGCGAGCGGCCGGUGAGGAGCAGUAAAGUGGGCCAGGGGCGCAGCGGGCACUCGCGGCCCUCCAGCUCCUCCGCGUCCUCUGGGGUCCUCAUGGUGGGUCCAAAUUUUAGAGUUGGCAAGAAGAUCGGCUGUGGCAACUUUGGAGAGCUGAAGCUUGGAAAGAACCUCUAUACCAAUGAGUAUGUUGCAAUAAAGUUGGAACCUGUGAAAUCGAGGGCACCACAGCUUCAUUUGGAGUACCGGUUCUACAAAACAUUAGGCAGUGCAGUUGAAGGUCUGCCUCAGGUCUUUUAUUUCGGGCCCUGUGGGAAAUACAAUGCCAUGGUUCUGGAGCUGCUGGGCCCCAGUCUUGAGGACCUCUUUGACCUGUGUGACCGCACAUUCUCCCUCAAGACCGUCCUUAUGAUCGCCGUUCAGCUGAUUUCCCGCAUGGAGUAUGUGCAUUCUAAAAACCUCAUCUAUAGGGAUGUGAAGCCAGAAAACUUUCUCAUCGGACGACAAGGAAACAAGGAGCAGCACAUCAUUCACAUCAUAGACUUUGGCCUUGCGAAAGAAUACAUCGACCCAGAAACCAAAAAACACAUUCCCUACCGGGAGCACAAGAGCCUCACUGGGACGGCUCGAUACAUGUCUAUUAAUACACACUUGGGGAAGGAGCAAAGUCGGAGGGAUGACCUUGAGGCGUUGGGUCACAUGUUCAUGUAUUUCCUCCGGGGUAGUCUCCCCUGGCAGGGAUUAAAAGCUGACACAUUGAAAGAACGCUACCAGAAGAUUGGGGACACAAAACGAAACACUCCCAUUGAGGCUCUCUGUGAGAACUUUCCUGAGGAGAUGGCCACGUAUCUGCGCUACGUCAGGCGGUUGGAUUUCUUCGAGAAGCCGGAUUACGAAUACUUGCGGACCUUGUUUACUGAGUUGUUUGAACGAAAAGGAUAUACUUUUGAUUACUCUUACGACUGGGUCGGCAGACAGAUUCCCACGCCAGUGGGGUCGGUUCACGUGGACUCAGGGGCAUCAGCCAUCACGCGUGAGAGCCACACACAUAGAGACAGACCCUCCCAGCACCAGCCCUUAAGGAACCAGACGGCCGUCUCUGACCGCAGAGGAGCUUGGGAGGUGCAACCCAACCGGCAGACAAACUCCUCGUAUCUGACCUCCCACCUGGCGGCGGACAGGCACGGGGGCUCAGUUCAGGUGGUGAGUUCGACUAAUGGUGAACUAAAUGCAGACGACCCACUGGCGGCCCACUCAAAUGCACCAAUCACAGCACAGGCAGAGGUGGAGGUGGUGGAUGAGGCCAACUGCGUGAAAAUGCUCAACUUGUGGUGCUGCUGUUUCUUCAAGAGGAAGAGGAAGAAGAACACGCCACGGCACAAAUGAACCUCUGGCCUCUCCACACGAACCCGUUCCUUUGCUUGUUUUUAGAGCGUUAAUAUAAAGAAAUUUUACAAGCCGACUACAGCGAACCCUUAAAACGGUUCAAGGGGACCUACGUUCCAAAACGAAGAGGCAUGCACAUGUUGCCUCUACGGGGAUUGUCUUUUAUUGUUGUUUGUGAUUUAUUUGUAUUUUUUUCCCACGUGUUCAUUUAAGCAUCGACAGGCCUCCAGAUCGGCUUCCUCGGACUAUCUCUAGGAUAUUCACAAAAAAGCACUGGAAAAUCACCGCACUUCAUUUGCUGUCUCGCUUAGUUUACGUUCUCUUUGUCCCUGGUGGUGGACGUUAAGGCGAGGGAGUCUCUGAAUGUGCCCUCUCGUACUCUUCCUGCGUGACGGAGACAAUUCUAGCCCAUUGUGUGAUGUAGACGGCGAGAGGGAGAGAGACAACGUCGCCUACGCUGAAGCUCAAAUCACCACCGCUGCCCGCUCCAACUCUCAACUCAACACGAGAUGGAGACGCGGCUAGUGCAUGACCUUGUUCUGUCCGCUUAACCUAUAUUUUUUUUAAAUGUUUUAUGUUCAUUUGAAUAUUUGUUGGCUGAUUGUUGGUUCUCACGCUGCAGGAAAUGGUCCAAGCCUUAGAAUAUGACUAGCAUUUGACGUCUAUCGGAGUGAUUAAUGUACACAGGCGAGUAAUAACUUUCGUAACGAUGCUAACUGGCCUUUUACACGUGAACUUUGUGAAAGUGUGACGUAAACCGCUCUGAUGGUGUGCUUGGACGACGGCGAUUUCGAGUGAAUGUGAUGUUCCACUGACUAGUAUUUAAGCUGCUUGUUCUAAAGCACUCCUCCCACUACAAACCCACCAGCCAGUCAUGCUGCUUUCUCCUUUUACGAUAUCGUACCGCUUUGACGUAAAUCUGGAUGCUUUUUUAUUAGCCGAGGUGGCCAGUGAGACUUUCCUUCUCUCUGCUUUUGUGGUUCUCUUUUGUAUCGGAAAACACACUCUUUCUAUUCAUAUAGUCAUUUUAUUAUUUCCAGAAACGGUCCCUGAUAGAUGUUGUUUUUAAUGCUAGAUAACUGCUUAUAAUUCAGGAUGAGUUUUGUGCCAGGGUGGCUAUGGGUCUUACGCCUAAACGUGCUCCUAUAAAGCGGAGGAAUAUUCAGCUUGCUGGUUCACAACUGUUAGUAGUUGUGUAAGACUCGAGAGGAGAAAUAAGAUUGAUUCUGGGAGGAUGCAGACUGACUAUAGUGACUGCCACUGCAAAGCAUCUCAAUUCAAUGCCUUAACACGACAACUCUGGCAGAGUCUCUCUGCAAUGCGAUGUUAAAAAACUCCUCCCAUGCCUUCAUAGCAGUGCAAUACGCAUCUCAGUUCUUUGAGGAGGUUUUAGUCACUGAAUCUAAUGAAUAAGAAUCAGAGUAUGUGGCAGAAAGUGAUAACAAAAAAACAAGCCCAUCUUUGUAAAUGCUCAUGAGAUUGUUAAAGGGAUAGUUCGCCCUAAAAUAAUUAAUUUAAUGUCAUUAUUUACUCACCCUCAUGCCAUCCCAGAUGUGUAUGAAUUUAUUUUUCUGCAGAACACAAACAAAUAUAUUUAGAAGAAUAUCUCGGCAUUGUAGGUUCAUACAAUGCAAGUGAAUGGUGACUGAAAGCACACAAAGGCAGCAUAAAAUUAACGCAGUUGUUUAAUCCGUGUCUUCUAAAGCGAUCCUAUCGGUUUUGGGUGAGAAUAGACCAAAAUGAAUUCCUUUUUCACCGUACAUCUUGUCAUUGCAGUCUCUUGACUCAAUCGUGAUUUCAAGCCCAAUUAUACUUCCUGAUGCUUGAUGCAUGUGGAGCGUUAAUGUCGCUAAGAAGUGUAAUCGAGCUUGAAGGUCAUGAUCGCCAAGUAGACUGCUGAUGUAAAUAAAGAUUUAUAGUGAAAAAGGAGUUAGAUUUUAUAUCGUAGACAUUCAUUUAACCACUGGAGUCUUAUGGAUAAAUUUUAUGCUGCCUUUAUGUGCUUUUUGGACCUUCAGAGUUCUGGCCACCAUUGACUUGCAUUGUAAGGACCUACAGAGCUGAAAUAUUCUUCUAAAAAAUCUUCCUUUGUGUUCUGCAGAAAAAAGAAAGUCAUACACAUCUGAAAUGGCAUGAGGGUGAGUAAACAAUGAGAUCAUUUUCAUUUUUGGGUGUACUGUUCCUUUUAUAGUGGCCAUAAGUGGCUCUGAGACAGGGCAGCCCUUGACCUCUUAUGCUUAGGAUGAGGCAGUCCUUUCCGGAGCUCAAUAUUUAAAGGGAUAGUUCACCCAAAAAUGAAAGUUCUGUAAUUUACUCGCACCUCAUGUUGUUCCAACCCCCCCAAAAAAACUAAAAGACAGACAGGUUUUAAACCAUAUGAGGGUCAAGUAAAUGAGUGCACUAUCCCUUUAAGACAAGGAUUAUUCGCCGUUCACCUAUUCACAGCAUUAAAUCUAUGUUUUAAUUUCGUGACCUUUUCUAUGUACAGUAAAUAUAUAAUUAAUGUAAGAUCAAUUAUAUAACUAUAAUUUUAUUUUAUUGCGAUCACCAUACAAACGUUGAGAGAGAAGCCAUAGGAGUGUGGGACUGCACUAAAGCUAUGUUUGCCUCUUGUUCACUAUAUUAACCUGUGCAUUACUGUAUUGGACCGACCUCUGAACCCGUCUGGCUGUUUGAGGAAUCACAAAGUGUCGAUUACACCGUUUCGAAACCCUUGGUAGAACUGAGGCAUUUCAACGUAGACAAAUCUGACGCUCUGCAUUGAUGGUUCCUUCAAAUGCAGUGGACAAAUGAUGGUUUUGUUGGCCAAAUUGAUAUCCCAAAAGGGCACAUAUUCUUUAUUCACACAUUCUUCCACUCCUCGACUCAUCCGUCAUUUCACUUUUUGUGUAAAUAGUGAACUGGCGAGCUCCCAGAUAUGUCUUAAAUGCCAUUUGUCGUCACUGGCCUCCCUAUUCCUUCUAGGAUUGUGCUCGUGGAACGCUCUCUGAGCUCCACGGGGUUGGUGUUGACGGGAAUUGCGUCUGAAUACGACAUGCAUGUUGGGUGGGAGCUCACCGACCAUUUUCACCAGUGAUGUUUAUUUAAUAGAUUUACCUUAUGCUUAUCCACUGUGAUGCAGGUCACUUUGGCUCUAAAUUAUUCUGUGAAAAGUACUUGAAUUAUACGCUCGGAAAUCCACUUGCGCGGACGCAUCAGGAGAUGCCUACCGCAAGGCUUUUUAUUUAACGUUCCUCUCUUAUAUGUAUUAUGUGCCUCGCUAGAGUUGAAAGACGAUGUAGUGUUUGUUUGGAUGUGCACUGCUUGCUAUUGCCAGGUGCUUCUGACUCCAAGAAUGAAUUUGCAAGAUACGUUUUGCCUCCUUUUACCCCUUAAUUCUUUUUGACUCUUCAAAAGUGAAAAUGGAACGCCUUGGCUAGUUACGGAGCCACUUGUAGGAAUUGCUUUGUGGAAAAUGUAUUGAAAUUGUUUAGCUCGAUGUCUGAGAAUGGUUUGAAAAGGGAUCGUUCAACCAAAAAUAUGGAAACUCUGACAUUUGUUUAAGACACUCGGACGGGAGUUCAAUUUUGGGGAAUCAUUUAUAGUUUGGAGAGAUGCAGUUUGGGAUUAGGCGUGAACGAUGAUGAACAAAGACGCCGUCUGCCUCUCUCCCAACAUGCUAUAUAUAUUAAGUAUGAUGGAUGGCUAGAUAAUACGAUCAUCAUGACUACUGGCUCUCUUUUCAACUGCAACGUGAUUGUUUCAAACCAUCUUUUUUUUCCUCCCUUAUUUUUAAAAGAUUGUACCAUACAUUUUUGUACCUUUUUAUUUUAAUAAAGAUGGUAUCCUUACAGUUAUGGCCUUUUUAAGUCUAUUUGAGGUUUAAUGUGAAAUAUAAAAUCCAUGAAAGUGAGUCUAGGAAGCAUUUUGGGUCCCGUUCCAUCUCCAGCGAAUGGCCUUCUGCUUUUGCAUCACACUUCUGAUGUUGGGAAUUGACAUACAGAGAGGCUCUUCUCAUUUAAAGCAAAGUUAAUGGGAUGUUAAUGCAGAUACGUGCAUGGCUUUUGAUUCCGGAAGCAAAGGAAACUACUACUUAAUGGGGCACUGAAGAACAUUGUGGGCAUGAAGUUGAUACACAUAUUCUGUGGCUGCGUGAUGCCUUUAAACGCUACUGCAAGGCUGCGAGUCUGACCCUCUGUAAGCUUGACUUCUGCAGGUAAAUCUCCACCGUAUACUAUUUUGCCACUAUAUACUGCAUCGCCCUUCCAUUGUGUCUCACGUGUAAUCAUCCCUGUCUCUUAUUUCAGUUAAUGUGGGAACUUGUUAAAGAAUUCCUAUUUUUGUUGUAAAUGAACGGGUCAUUCUGGUUCAACUGUUCUUUUUUUAAUGACCUCAGAAUGAUGGUUAUAUUACAGGACUCACUGCAAUAUUUGAAUGAUCUUUUUCACCAUUUUUAGUUUUGAAAGAUUGGCAAAAUUGCGUUUCUGUACUUUAAACCUUUAAAACUAAAGUGUACAGUACUGCAAGAUUCACUCUCUUGUUCUGGGCAUACUUACAAAGCUACUUCAAAUUUGUAUUGUAUUAUGACUUAAUUGUGUUGAAAUAUGAAUGUUGCUUAAAUGUAUUUCAAUGAUUUAACUUCGUCAAGGGCUUCAACUGUGAUGGUCCGUCUUCUCUUUUUCUCUUCUCUCUAAAUAUAUUUUGGGUUUUUAAGUUGCAGAAAGGUUAAGAAGUCUUAAUCUUAUUUAAAAUGACCUAUAUUCCUGAGGAGUCAUGUGAAGAUCCAUACAUAACCUUUUGAAUUUUCAUUUUUAUUCCCUCCACUCUUAAAGGGAAACUCAAGUUUGCACCCCCUUUUUUAUGUAAAAUAAAAGAAAAUCUCUGAACCUCUGAGUGAGUCUGUGUUUGUCUUCUUUACAUUCA